CAAAGGGUGGGAAUAUAAAAUACUUUUUUUAAAUACUAAAUUGGUAUACCUAGAACUUCUCAAAGACUUGGCUGUUUCUAAAAAGCUGGCAAACGAUGGCUUCCAAAGAUUGGAUUGAUAUUUUUCAGGAAAAGGUGAUGGAACUCAACAAGGAAGAUGACUGGCAGAUUGAGUUUGAUGACUCCAUCAAGCCAAAUGGAAUAGAACCAGGCUGGCAGCAGUACAUCACCAAGGCAUUUGCAUCGUUUGAGUGCUCAAAAUGUAAGAGAAAGUGGCCCUCCAGCCGUGUGAUGGUUGUGUUCCACAUGAAUCUGUGGAAACGACAGCGAAAAGGAGUCGUGAAAGUACGUUGGCUCUGCCAGAACUGCAAGAAAUGCACUGCUGCUCCUAUGGAGAAGCCGACCUUCUCCCCAGACAACCUUGACAUUCUGCUGGAGAAAAUGAUUCAGAAGAUCAGAUUGAUGUGCUACCAUGAGACCCCUGAUGAAGUCAACAGGCCUUUCUGGACGGACCCAGUGCGGUCGCCCCAUGAGCCUGCUCAUUGUGAAGCCUGCAUUUUGGGCAUCUGUACUAAGAAUGCGCCUGGACAAGCUGUUGUGGCCAAAAACUGUAUUAAAGUACUCGAUGAACUGUUACGACUGUCCUUAGAUGAACUGUCACUGACCGAAGGUUAG